AUGGCGUUAGAAGCAGCCUCCAUUGUUGUUCUUGCUGUAGCAGUGGUUUCAAUUUGUCUAAUUGCAAACACUGUCAGAAGUAGAAAUAAUAACGGGGCAGAUGCAAAGCCACCCCAUCCUCCAUCAUGGCCAAUAUUUGGGCAUAUUCCUCUGCUAAAGCGCUAUGGCCCAAUCAUGCAUCUCCAACUUGGCUUCCGACCAGUUUUGGUUAUCAGCUCUUCAGAACUCACAAAAGAAUGCCUUACAACAAAUGACAAAGCCUUUGCAUCUCGCCCACUUUUGUCUGUAGGAAAGCAUGCUGGGUAUGAUUUCAAAAUGUUGGAUUUGGCUCCUUACGGCUCCUACUGGCGAAGCGUCAGAAAACUUUGCAGGCUACAGCUGUUUACUGCACAGAGAAUCGAAUCAUUCAAGAACAUCCGGGAAGGGGAGAUUUCCGGUCUCAUCCGUUCGCUGUUCGAGAGUUGCCAGCGAGAGAUCAGUCCAGUGAACAUCAAAUCAAGGCUCUCUGAUCUCACAUGUAAUAUCAUGAUGCGAAUCGUUGCUAGCAAGAGAUUCUCACCAGAUCUCAGUCCUCAAGAUUUCCAAGAAGUGCAGUACUUCAAGGAGAUGAUGGAAGAAACUGUUUUGCUACUCGGAACAUUUGAUAUUGCUCAUUACCUGCCGUUUCUUAAGUGGGUCGAUCCACAGGGAAUGGUGUUGGCUAUGGAGAAUCUACAGAAGAAAAGAGAGUUGUUUAUGGAUAAAUUGCUCCAUGAUCACCGAGAGAAGAGGGACAACAAAGAAAUUCAGUCUGACAAUAACGACGAUGUGGUGAAAGCCAACGCCUUGGCCAUUAUAAUCGCCGGUGCUGAGACAUCCUAUGUGACGAUCGAGUGGGCAUUGUCAGCUCUGAUGCAGCACCCGGACGUUUUGUGUAAAGCCCAGCAAGAGCUGGACAUGCAUGUGGGACGGGACCGAUUAAUGGAGGAAUCAGAUAUCCCCAAGUUGAAAUAUUUGCAGGCGAUUGUGAAGGAAACUCUCAGGCUUUACCCAGGGGCACCUCUUAUGAUCCCUCACGAAGCUUGCGAGGACUGCACUGUUGGAGGAUAUCGUGUUCACGCAGGAACUCAACUGUUAGUGAAUGUGUGGGCAAUUCAAAGGGACGCGGCCGUGUGGGAGCGCCCCACAGAAUUUGAUCCUAAACAUUUUCUCAAAAGCGGCAAAGAGAUUGAUGUGAAAGGGCAAGACUUUGAAUUGAUUCCGUUUGGUUCAGGGAGAAGAAUGUGCCCGGGCAUGGCUUUGGCAAUGAUUAUGAUCAACCAUACAUUGGGGCGGCUGCUUCAGAGCUUUGAGUGGUUUGUUCCAGAGGGCACUGUAAUUGACAUGACCGAGGGGCUUGGGCUCUCAUUGCCCAAAUCAAUUCCAUUGGAGGCCAUUAUUAAACCUCGCCUUCCCCUCCAUCUCUACUGA